AUGGUUCGAUCGCGUUUCAAAUUCGGUGAUUUUGAUGGUUUGAUGCGUAAAUGCUUGGAUAGCGUUCCUCGAUAUUGCCAAGUGUAUCCAACAGCCAGACCUGGUGUAUCGAUAUCUCUUGAAGAAAUGAUUACAAAAGGAUUUCCAUCAAAUGAAAACAUUGUAUGGCAUAAAGCAACACAGUCAGAAGAGAUAUUAUUUGAUCAUGAUCUAAGAAUCUUACCAUCAACAAAUAAAUGUCGAGAAAUUGUCCAUCAAUCCUUGGUCCGUUGGAGCAAAACUAGUAUAUUGCCGGUGUGGAAAACUAUUUGGACUGUAUUUAAUAUUGCAAAUUAUGAUAUUAAUGAGAGAAGAAUAAAAGCUAUUCAUAAAGUCAUUCAAGAUCAUAUUACCCGAGAAGCACUUAAUAGUAAUGAUGCUUCAUGUUCUGAUAUUGAGUCAAUUAAUGGUCGCCUAUCAUAUGAAGAUCAUUUCGAUCAUGAUAAUCAAGACGACGAACAAUGGACAGUAAUAACGACUACAGUAACAAAAUAA